UUUUCAGUUUGAACGGUUGAGAUGUCGACAUGUUAUCAGUCGACUGUGCCGGUGAAUCCGCCUCUCAGUUAUACAGGAGGCGAUCGGAAGAAGAGGCGACCCCCGAACGCUGGGUCGAAAUUAUUGGAGAGGCAAGAAAAUGAGAUGCUGUUCUCUAUAAUUGGACCCGACAAUAUCUCGCUGACAGCCGCAGUGGUCGAACUUCUUUUCGUUGAAAAUAGACAAUGGAAACUCAUGUUUCGAGGCGUUAUCUCAUUAGUGAAGGAUUAUCAAAAUCGAGCCUACUUCCUCCGAUUAUAUGAUAUUUUGAGUGGGCGGAAGCUGUGGGAUUUCAGAUUAUACCGAGGUUUCCAAGCGGUCAGUUACGGAAAUUGUCCCUUUUUGCUGACGUUUGAGGACGAGUCACGACGAAACGUUUAUGGCCUGAAUUUUUCCAGCGUAGAAGAAGCACGCGAUUUCAAGGGCCACUUGGAUAAACGCCACGAACAGGAAGGCAAAUCAUCAGCAGCGAAGAACCCACUUGCACAUUCUGCUAAUCCUCCAUACGCGUUAUCGUCCUCGAACAUCGGAAAUACGCUUCCGACGACUCAUGUGCCAGUCUCUGGUGGAGUUACACCAGUUGGAACAAUGGUGCACGCUGAGAAAUUCUCCACGACCACAACACCGACUAGUUUCUUCUCACGCAAAGAUAAGAAAAAGAAGGGCAAACGGCCUCGAAUCCGAAAAGAGGACAUCAGUAAUCCUACAAACUUUCAACACAAAGCACACGUUGGUUGGGACCAAGACAAUGGAUUUUCUAAUAAUAUGUGUGACUCGGAACCUAUGGACGAAAGCAUCAAGAACAUCAUCCGAGCAGCCGGUCAGGAUCCUACAAACAUGAACAAGAAAACUAUCAAAUUUGUAUAUGAUUUCAUAGAAAACUAUAAAGACGAGGAGCAAUCUACGCAGCCGUACAAGGCAGCUGCCCAUCUGACUCCUCAGUGGAGUAGUCCUGUGCCUCCUCCACCUCCGAAUCGUACUGCUUCUCAUCAAUCAAGUACCCCACCUGCUCGUCCGCCGCCACCUCCUCCGUCUGUUACUUCAUCACGACCAUUUGGCAGGCCGUUGCCUCAGGUGCCCAAUAAUGAUCUUGGUCGCCCAGCAGCUGUGCCUCCACCACCUCCACCACCAGCCUUCUCAAGUUCUGCACCACCACCGCCACCACCUCCUCCUCCAUCAUUGAACGCCAUAAGCUUGUCAUCUGGACCUGCUCCGCCACCACCACCACCCCCACCAGCGGCCACUCCAGACUCUGGAAGAGGCAAUCUCCUGGCGGAAAUCCAAGCUGGCAAACAGCUGCGCAGUGUAGGAUCUCAAAAUGCUGAAAAACCUAACAACAAAGCCGAUGCGAGAGACAAUGUUAUGGCGCAGAUCCGUCAAGGGGCGCAACUCAAACAUGUGGAUACAACAGCUGAGCAAGAAAAGAGGAGAUCAGAAUCUACAUUGCCGGAGAUAGGCGGUCUGGCUGGUGCUCUUGCCAGGGCACUUGAGGAGCGUCGAAUGAAUAUGGCUCUUGACGACUCAAGUGAAGAAGAAGAGUCCGAUGAGAAAAACGAUGAUUGGUCGGAUUGACCAUAGCUGCUGUAUACAUGAAGCGGCAAAACUUAUAAUGUUCUACAAAUGUAUAAUCAUAGAUACUUUCCUAUCCCCGACAAGCUGUCGCCGCUUCCUUCCUUCAAAGUCUUCCCGAGUGACUGGGGAAGAGAAGAUCCAUGUCUUUGUUGAUUUGCCUUAACCUUUGCCGUGCUUUGACAGCAUGUUAGAUGAUCGACUUUUAUAUCUGCUAAAGUGGUAUUGAUUCGAGAGCUUUUGUGGACAUUCGGUGAAUAUAUAGAUUGUAUACGACGUGCAUACACAAUUUUGUUGUUGUACAUUCACUUCUGUGAUACAUUUUGUUCUCUUCCUGGUUUAUCGUUUAGUUUGUUUCUGCUUUUAUUUGGUCGUCAUACUGUUUACCAGUUGCUGUGUUCUGUAACGUUUCUUCUGUUUCACAGAACUACAUUGUCUUGCUCAACUGAUGCAGUGUUACUUGCUCUACUCCGUACCAUGGUCACUUGAGUUCGCAACAAGCUUUAGGAAAACCCUCGAUUUGUUAAAAUUUGAAUGCGAUUAAAGCAUUUCCCUUCGUGUAAAUGAAAAUACAUAAUUAGUCAACAGUUCCACCCUGCA